AUGGAGAAGAUCAAAGCCAACCCUCACAUUCCACUUGCAGCUAUACGGCAGUGUGUCAAUGAAGAUUUUGGCCUGAAGAUAGGUAGGAUGAAGGUAUAUCGGGCCAGAGAGCACGCACUGGACGGCAUAUUCGGCUCUGCGGCAACCCAAUACAGAAACUUGUUCUACUACAAAGCCGAAUUGGAGCGGACGCACCCUGAUUCCAGCAUUCAUAUACAUUAUGAGAAUAUGAGGGAUACUGGCACCGUGGGUCCGAGAUUCCUGAGGUUCUACUGCUGCCUUGGACCAUUGAAAAAGGGAUGGAUGCAGUUAUGCCGGCCAAUUAUCUUCUUCGACGCUUGUUUCUUGCGAGGGAUGUACAGAGGACAGCUCAUGACAGUAAUGGGGAUUGAUCCCAACAAUGGCUGGUGGCCGAUUGCUUGGGCUGUGACUGAAGCCGAGAGUUAUGUCCAGUGGAAGUGGUUCGUGGAGUACUUGUCUGAUGACCUAAACUUGAAUGCAAAUGGGCCACGAUAUGUGUUUAUGUCUGACCAACAAAAGCACAUAUACAACAAUUUCAAGAAGAGAUUUGUUGGAGAAAAUUUCAAAGACAGGUUGUGGGAGAUUGCCUCGAGUACCACCCUCAAACAUUAUGUGGACAAGAUGGAUGCUUUGCAUACCGAGUAUCCCCAAGCACAUCAGUGGCUUUCUGGAGUUGCUCCCGAAGAAAAGUGGGUCAAGGAAUUUUUCUCUCCACACACUUGUUGUGAUGUGCUCCUCAACAACAUUUGUGAGACAUUCAAUUCGAAGAUUGCAUUGGCUCGAGAGAAAGCAAUUAUCAGCAUGUUGGAGGACAUUCGAACAAGUCAAAUGGAAAGAAUUCAGAUCAGAGGCCAGUGGAUCAAAAGCCACGAUCACGCAGUCCCUCCUGUUAUCAAGGAGCUUGUUGACAAGUGGUACGCGAGGGCUUCAUCGUGGAGGGCUACAUGGAACGGACAGUCUUCGUACCAACUAACCGGAAUCUCGUGCACGCAUGCUAUCGCAACAAUCAACAAGAAUGGCGACGACGUGACGCGCUUCGUUUCCCGAUAUUAUUUGAAGUCAACAAUGAUCAUGCUGUACGAGAAUGUCCUUUACCCCAUCAAUGGGGUGGACAAUUGGCUCAAAACUACUUCUGAUGGUGCGGUGGAACUGGCGCCCUCGAGGUCAAAGCGACAGCGUGGUAGGCCGAAGAAACGGAGACGUGAGGAGCCCCAGAUUCGUCUUCAUGCGGACGGAGGCAUAGAGAAAACAAUCAUCAUCACGCAUUUGAAAGAGUACUUCGUCGGUUUGUAUUCAUUUCUGUACAUGGCAUAG